AUGGACCGUCUCGUUGCUAAUGGUUAUUCCUUGAUGCGUGAUCUUCGACACAACAAAGGCUCACCUUCACCGAAAAUAAGAGAGAGAUACACUACCUGCCGAUACAUGGCCUUGAUGGAUCUUCAGGAGAGAAAUGAACGACUUUUCUACAAGCUUCUCGUUGAUAAUGUGAAGGAACUGCUCCCUGUUGUAUACACUUUGACAGUCGGUGAAGCUUGCCAGAAAUAUGAAAGCAUUUUCAGGCGCCAUCAGGGCUUUACAUUAGUUUGA